CUGCCAUAAAUUAUCAUGCAUGUAUAUAUAAUCCCCCACGGGGCUUCAAAAGAAAAUAAGAAUAAGAAGAAUAAGAAGAAGAAGAAUUAGUACAGUGUUGUUAAAAAGAGUAUGGAACAAAUUUCAUCCACAUUUCCAUUUCAGGAUGGACUGCUGCACUUUUCUCCCAUUAUUUCUGCACGGCAGCAAACCAAACCGCCGGUUUCCGACCACAACACUAAUCCUCUGCUGGUUUUUGAUCUUCUUAAGGGUGACGUGGCGUACGACGUUGCCCCGACCAUGAAACCCAACGUCAUACUACAACAACAACAUCAGCAGCUGCAGCUGCAGCAGAAGAACCCUAAUAAUAAUCCUCCUCACCAGCAGAGGAAGAUUAUACGCCGGGACGUUGAACGGCAACGGAGGAAGGAGAUGGGUAGCCUUUACAAAAGCCUGGUUGGAUUAAUCCCUUAUGAGUAUAUUAAGGGAAAGCGUUCGACGUCGGACCGUCUGCAGGAGACGGUGAGGUACGUGAAAGAUCUGAGGAAGAGGGUGGAGAAGCUGAGCGCGAAGAGAGAUGAACUGAAAGGGGUAACGGAGCCGCCGGCAGAUUCAUCGUCAAAUUCGCUACUCCGUCCGGCAGCAGUAGCGUCAUCAUCGAGCCUGAUCAAGGGUCGGGAUGAAUGCAAUGACGAACAGAGCAGAGUAACGGUGAAGCCUUGCAGGGCGGGAGUGGAGGUCACCGUUAACGUUGCCGCCCAGAAAAUCAAAGGUGGCGGCGGCGUGUCCCUGUCGAAGAUUCUUAAGGUGCUUGUCGGAGAUGGGCUGUCCAUUAACAACUGCUGUUCCAUUAAAGUCAAUGAUAGGCUGCUUCAAACUAUUGAGGCUGAGGUUAUUGGAGGGGGAAGCAUUGAUCCAACUCAGCUGGAGCGGAAGCUGUCCGUGUUAUAUUAGUAUAUAAUCAUGGGGGUUUUUAAUUUAGAAAUAUUAA